AUGAAUUCUAUUAAAGGUCGUGGUGAUCAAAUGGGAGAAUAUAGUUUUCAAUUUCCAGAACAUCAUAAAAAUAAUAAAGAAAUACUUAAUUAUUCUUUCAAGAAUAUUCAACAAUUAAAUAUAACAGAACAUGAUAUUGAAAAAAUUAUCAACUGUGCAUUUGAAACAGCUCAAGAAUAUGUUUCAAUGGUUAAUAUGACUUCAUUAUUGAAAGAUAAAAAUAUUUAUUCAUUACCUCAAUUAAGUAAAUUUGUUAAAGCAGUUUUAAGUAAAUCAUGUUCAACAAUAGUAGAUUAUUCAGAAGAUGAUGAUUCUGACAAAGAUUCAGAUGAUGAUGAAUUCGAAGAUGAUGAAGAUAUUUUUGACGACGAAGAUCAAAUACCAAAUAUUAUUGAUGAAUAUGAUGAUAAUGAAGGAAAUAUCAUAUCAAAUAGCCUUUCUAAUAUAUCACAACAAAAUUUUAAAGGAUGUCGAAUAUACGAUAGGAUAAAUCCACAGCAAAUGAAAAAAUAUUUUCGAAUUAAUAUUGAUUCAUCAGUGAAAUAUAUUCAUAAGCAGACAGCCUGCUGGCUGUUAACAACGAGUAAAAGUCGCUUGUCAAAUGAUCGAUUACAACGUGUUCAAGGACGAUAA